CGCCUCGUAAGGGCAAUUCCGGAUAGGAAGCGUGAUGGCUGACACUUUUUCUUCACUUUACAAGAAGCACAAAUCAAUGAAUUAAGAAAGCAGUGUGAUAGAAAAGCGAGGAGAAAAUGAAGGAUAGGGGUGAAAGGCUUGCUCUGGUCGACGCGGGCGACGCUGAAGGGAUGCAGGCCGCCCUCGCCGACCUCUCGGCUGAUGCCCUCAAAGAAUUCCUCGACGAGUGUCCGCUGCACCUGGCCACCCGGAGAGGCCACGGAGAGAUGGCGGAGGCGCUGCUGGCCGCGGAAGCCGACCCCAGCGGCCAGGCCGCCUUUGGGUGGACGCCUCUCCACUUUGCUGCGAGGGAGGGCCACGGGGCGCUGGUGGAGGCGCUGGUGAGGAGGGGCGGCGACCCGGACAAGAGGGAUAUGUGGGGCAGGACGCCAAUGCACGUGGCGGCCGUUUGCGGACAGGCGUCGAUGCUGGAAACUCUCUAUGGUAGCGGGGCGAAAGUGAACGCCGAGGACUCUGCAUGCGACACGCCCCUCCACAAGGCAGCAUCGCAAGGGAUGCGUCCCGCUGUGGCCACACUCCUGGCGCUCGGGGCCUCCGUCCACAAGGUGAACAAGGAAGGAAAGACUGCCAAGGACCUAAUGGGGAUCACCUCCGCGCGGGAAUUCUUCUCCAUGGGCAGGGUAUUGGCUGCAGUCGGGAAGGAGAGGAGGAAAAAGAUACAGGAGGAACACGAGUAUCAGGUCUGGGAGAUGAACGAGAAGUUUACCGCGAAAGAGACGGAGGCAACCAAUCUGCAGAAGGAGGCCAGAGAACUGAGGGAAAACAUCAAGAAAAAAGAUGAGGAGAUCAGAUUGCUAGAGGAUAAACACCAGGAGCGAGUGUUGGAAAUGAAGAGGGAGUAUUAUGCGAAGGAGACGGAGGCGGCUGAUCUGCAGAAGGAGAACAGAAUCCUGAGGGGAAACAUCGAAGAAAAAAAGAAGGAGAUGGGAUUGCUAAAGGAGGAAGUGUGGGACGUGAGCGGAGAAUAUGAAGCGAAGGAGGCUGAGGCAUAUGAUCUGCGGAUGGAAAACAAAGACCUGAAGAAAAAGCUAUUGAAAAUAAGAGAGGAUAUCAGAUCGCAAAUGGACCUGGGAUCCAAGAACGAAGAACUUAAAGCGAAAAUCGAUUUGCUUCAAGACAGGGUCGCGUCGCUUGAAUCUUCCCAGAAAGAACAUAUGCAAAGGAACCAGAGCCUGAAGACGCAGUUGGGAGAGAAAGAAGAGGCGCUUGCACAGGCCAAGGCAGAACACGCAAAGAAGGAGACAAAUCUCAGAAGAAGGGCAGAGAGGAAAGAAGACGAGGCACACGAGGCAAUCGAAGAGCAAAAUUACCUUCAUGAGAAGCUAAAGAAACGCGACAAAAAGAUCGAGACCCUGACGAAGCAGUUUAAAGAGAAAGAACGCAAGAUUAGAAACCUCGUUCCUACGUUGCCGGACGAACUCGAGUCGAUGAAUUCGAGCAAAUUCUCGAGGAAAAAUCGGGGAAAAGUAGGCAGACAUGUGUCUUCACAGUCAGUAGGCAGGGACGACAGGAAAGCAACAGCCAGAGAUAAGUCUCCACAAGGAGUAAGCAGGGAUGAGUCCCCUGAAGCAGAAGGCAGAGAUGAAUCUCCACAAGCAGUAAGCAGAGCUGAGUCCCCACAAGCAGCAGGCCGGUAUGAAUCCCCACAAGCAACAGGCAGAGGUGAAUCUCCACAAGAUUCACUGUAAGUAGGGCUCAAUCCCACGCCAUUUCGUGCUCUAAGAUGGAGAUUGUAUAGAAAACAGGGGUGCAAAAAUUGCAUUUUUAUUAAGGUUCGCCUUUCCCAUUCUCACGCCACACAGACACAUGGAUAUGUAUAUAAAUUAAUGUUUUAAUAUAUUUAUAUAUUUAUAUACAUUCACAUUCCUAUUUGUCCUCAUGCAUUAUGUGUUUUCACAGAUCAGUUAAGCCUUUUUAAAAUGAAUUUAAAUGAUUUCGCCAUGUUCCCUUGAUAACGCCAUCCUGAUGGUCACUGCUAUAAGUUUGUAAUAAUAAUAAAUUUCAAAUAUAUACGUUUGUUCUCUUUAGGUCUGUUUUUGAGAGAAAAUGGAAACGAAAGUUUUGUUAUUCUUUGCAUAAUUUCUUUGUCUAUUUAUGAUUAAUGUGAUGGAGACGCAGAGUGCAUGAAACCCUACUUUUACUCCUCUAUCUGAACAUUUCCUUCACAUGCUAAUGUCGCUGUACUAAUUCUUUCUGCGCCUAAUUUUCCUGUAUGCAACGCUGAUGUUGAUGUUUCAAAUAACAGCAAACUUAUAUUUGUUUCUCAAGCUUUAUGGAAAUUUGAUGAUUCUAUGCAUGUUCAAAAAAAGAAUUUUAGGAUAUUGAUUGUUUUUUCAACAUUUUCCAAGUUUCAUGUAAAAAAUAAACCAAAAUACAUGUUUGACCAAC